AUGCCCUCAGAACAGCUCUACGACGACUACUCGUAUGAACACGAAACAGCCACACCUCCUGAUCCCGACGCGGACGACUUCUACGCCUCCCAACCCAACUUCCACGACGCUGUCCCGUAUUCUGCGGCCUCCGUCGCUACCCAGUCCGUACGCGCGCCCUCUCCCCCGCCCGCACCCGUCCUCGACCACUCCCACCUCCGCCCAGGCAACCAGGCCGCCCUUCUCUCCCAUGAACGCACUCUCGAGCUCUACCGCGCCAACGCCAAGAAGACCCAGGAUCCCGACCUACAAUUCGAGUUUGCCGUCUUCAUGAUCGACGCCGCGAAGAACCUCCCCCAGCCCGUCCCAACCCUGGGGAACGUCAUGGAUAUCGAGAAGGCCCAGCAGAAGCGCGAGGACCUCAUCCGCGAAGCCACCGCCCUCCUCAAGAAGCUCGCCGACCGCGGGCACAUGCCCUCCCAGUACUUUCUCGCCGACUGCUACGCCAACGGCAUUGGCACCCACAAGAACCGCCAGGACUUUGACCGCGCCUUCCCCCUCUUCGUCCUCGCUGCCAAGCAUGGCCACCCCGACGCCGCCUACCGCGCCGGCACCUGCUGCGAGAACGGCUGGGGCUGCCGCCGUGAGUCCGCCAAGGCCGUCCAGUUCUACCGCAAGGCCGCUGCCGCCGGCCACCCCGGUGCGCUCUACCGUCUCGGCAUCGCCGAGCUCAACGGCGAACUUAGCCUCUCAAAGAGCCCUAGGGAUGGUGUGAACUGGCUCAAGCGGUCCGCGGAGCACGCCACCGCCGAGUUCCCACACGCACUGCACGAGCUUGCUCUGCUUCACGAGCGGGGCAUUGACAACGUCCUCUUCAUCGACUACGAGUACGCGACAGAGCUAUUGGCGCAGGCAGCAGAGCUUGGGUACGCGCCCAGCGCAUACCGCUUAGGAGAGUGCUACGAGUACGGCAAGAUGGGCUGCCCGCAGGACCCCGCGCUGUCGAUACACUAUUAUAACAUCGCAGCGCAGCAGAAUCACCGCGACGCGUGCUUCGCGCUAACAGCGUGGUACCUCGUGGGCUCACCCAGCGUGCUGCCGCAAUCAGACACGGAAGCAUUCCUUUGGGCGAAAAAGGCGGCAGAAGCAGGCUUGGUGAAGGCAAUGUACGCGGUCGGGUACUUCCUCGAGGUGGGCAUUGGUACGGAACCGAAUCUCGCCGAAGCGACGACCUGGUACAAGAACGCCGCGGACCAAGGCGACAAGCGUGCUCAACAACGCCUCAAAGGCCAUGGGCCCCAGGCCGUCCCCGGUGGGCCCGGCUCGGUCCUCCUCCGCAGCGUCAGCGACGAGAUGUCGACGUCCGGCUCAGGAAAGAACGGGAAGGACAAGGACUGCAUUAUCAUGUGA